UCCCGCCGCCCCGGGCCGGCGGGCAGCAUGAGAUGCGGCGCUGCGGAGCCCGGCCGCGCCCCGCCGCCCCGGCCCGUCGCCUGAGAGCCCGGCGGGGCUGGGGCGCGGAGGAUGCCCCCAAGCCCGGAUCGGCCCCGCGAUGUCGUCCUCCAAACUCCAAGACAUGGACGAAGUUUUUGAUUUUAAUGAUGUGAUUCCAGAGACGCAGAGACUGGACAGCAGCUUGCAGAAGGCCCGAGCCCAGCUGUCGGUCAAAGGCAGGCGGCAGCGCCCAUCCCGGUCCCGCUUGAGAGACAGUGUCAGCUCCACAGAGGGGGAUGAGAGCCUGGAGAGGAAGGGAGCUGACAGCUAUGGCACCCCCCUGCACCGGAUGCGGUCCCCGCUGCACUCCUCCCUGCAGGCCUCAUCGCCCCUGUCUGGCUCCUCCCCGUUCCUGCGUGCCACCGAGUUCUCCUUCGAAACCGCCGUUGUGCGGAGGACGCUGGAGGAGGACGAGCAGCCCUCGUCCCCGCUCAUCCGCUACCGGCCCCUGACCAAUGCGUCUUCCCAAGAGGCCCUGGGGGGCACCCCCACCAGCUCGUCACCCAAGUCCUGCCACAGCUCGGACAGCUCGCCUAUCUAUGCCCGCAGGGACCACCGGCCCGAGCGGCACAGUGAAGAUGACAGCAGAGACACGAGCCCUCCAGAGCCUGCCAGCCCCACCAUCGGGCUGGACAAGAAGACCCGGAGGAAGUUCCUGGAUUUGGGGGUGACCUUGAGACGAGCAUCUUCCAGCAAAAGCAGGAAGGAAAAAGGAAGCAACAGACUGUCCAUGGGCAGCAGAGAGCUGAUGGAGGGCUCCAGCCGCUCAUCCGUGUCCCCAUUCAUGCCCUUCUCCUGGUUCACGGACAGUGGGAAGGGCUCAGCCUCCUCUGGCAGCACCGUCUCCCCAACUUGCUCGCCCAAAAACGAGGGCUUCAGCCCCAAGAAGUCAGCCUCCCAGGAAUCCACACUGAGCGACGACUCCACCCCACCCAGCAGCAGCCCCAAGAUCCUAAGCAGCGGUGCCAGCGAAUCCAAGUGCUCGUACCCCUACCACACGCUGUCCCAGUCCUCGGAUGAGUUUCUGGAUGAGCCACUCAGCGCUGCCACAGGCUGGAGCUGCCAGCAAGUGGGGCAGUGGCUGGAGAGCCUCAACCUGGAGCAGUAUGUGGGGGAGUUUGCUGCCCGCGAGGUGGAUGGCCAGCAGCUGCUGCACCUGGAUGGGGCCAAGCUGAAGGCCCUGGGUGUCAGCAACUCCCAUGACCGGGGGCUGUUGAAGCGGAAGCUGAAGGAGCUGAGCGCUGCGGUGGAGAAGGAGCGGAAGGCCCAGGAGAAGGUGGAGAAGCAGCGGGAGAAGCAGAAGCGGAAGGAGCAGGAGCAGCGCAGGAGCUAAGGGCAGCAAGACACUCUGGCAAACAGUCCCUGGGGGAGUGGCACAGGCUCCCCCCUACACAGGGGACGCGGGAGCCACGGACCACAAUGGAGGUCUUGGGCUGGGCAGCACCAGACUUUGUGGGGGUCCUGCCAGUGCCGAAGGUGGCAGCCGCUGUGAUGGGACAUCAGUGCCACCCCGACGCCAGCCCCUGGCCUGGAACCGCUCCACCACAGGCGUGCUGGCUGCCUCCUAGCCCCUCCCCCCAUGUUCUGCCUCAUCCCCCACCCCGCAGGGCGAGCCUGGCGUGUGCAGCUCUGAGCACAACAGGGCAGGUGCUGGGGUGGGGUCGAUGCCCUACUUCUGCCCUCCCUCCCUCCAGUUGCUCCUGAUUGGUCCCCAGUGCCAAGGUGUCACCCCUGCUCCGUGCCAGUUGGCUGCCCUGUCACACUGCCUCGUUCCCCUGAGCCAUGGGCACCGCGGCCACCCCCCCCCCCGAAUGACAGCCCGGCACCCGCAGCGGGCACAUAGGAUGAAGAUAGUGCAUGGCAUUACCCCUUCCCCCACCCACGGGCCAUCCUGUGCUGAGUUCAAGCACUCCCCCAAGGGGCUUUCCCCCCUCCCCCACAAGAGGGGCUGGGGCCUGCACGGCUUGGACCAGUAGGGAAUGGUUUGUUUGUUAGAGAGCACAGACACUCGGUGCCAUGGCAAGGGAGAGGCCACCAGGGAAUAAAACCAGUUUCAAUGAG